AUGGAAAUCAUCCCCGCCUCGUGCCUCCAGGGCAGCGGCCUGGUGCUGCCGGCCGAGUUCAGGGACGAGGUGGUGAAGGAUUCGGGCGCCUACACCCUGCAGAACUCGCAGGGCAAGCAGUGGCCGUGCACCAUCACCCGCAAGACGCAGGGCGGGCACGAGCGCGCCGACAUCACCGGCGGGUGGCGCCCCUUUGCCAGCGCCAACGCCUUCCAGGCGGGGGACGAGAUACUGGUGAAGAGCCUGGGCAACCGCCCGUCCCGGCUGCAGAUUACCAAGACCGGCCGCACCGGCACGCCCAAGGGCACGCCCAGGGCCGCCAAGACGCCCGCCAAGACGCCCGCCAAGACCCCCAGGAGCAGGUCGGCGGGCAAGCCCAAGUCGGCCAGCAAGACGCCCGCCUCUGGUGGCGUGGCCAAGCGCCGCGGCAGCAGCAGCACGGGCCGCAGGCGGCAGGCGGCGGCGGUGGUGGCGGCGGCGGAGCCGGAGGGGCCAGAGGAGGCCGAGGUGCCGGCGGGGCGCCUGCCGCCGUAUGUGCCGCCUGCGGGCGAGUACAUGCAGCCCAUCUGGCCCACCUGGUGCUCCAUCAUGUGA